AUGGCGUUGAACGCGGCUGUGACGAGUCUUAUGGAUGAGGUUGGGCAUCACGGCGUCGGUGUAAGCUGCUUGAGGCCUCGAACUAUGAACAUCAUGCCAGCACAUGGAAUUCCUGAAUUACUUCUCGAGUACGAACGUCGGUGCUGUCGCUGCCUUUUCGUCAGUGAACCAACCUGCUGCAUCUGUGACUACGUGUACAACAAGAAUAAACGGUACACGCCAUUGUUGCGCGCAAAGAACAGCAGUGUCUACUCGAGUUUAUGCUUCGUAAACAAGUAG